AUGACAGAAACGAAUCAAUUUGACUUAAUAAUUAGAGUCGCAAUUGGUAAUGCCAAACCAAAAAAUGCUAACUCCCCCUCCGUGAGCGAACAAAACCAUUGGAAAGAAACCUUUUUUUUGGUAAAAAACUACCCUCCGCGAGUGAACAAAAGUUUUUUAUCAAAAAUAUUUUGAUAAGUAGUAAUUAUUAUCUAGCUAUUCUGUUUAAUUUUACACAACUUGCGUUUUAAAAACACAAAUUUUACAAUAUAAAUUAAUAUUUAUUUCCAAUUUUUCAUAUUGGGAUUUUUUUUAAUUUCUAAAAAAAUUCCUUAUAAAAUUUAUAUAUAAAUGUUUUAAAAAAAAUUAACCCCCUCCGUAAGCGCACAAAAUAUUUUGUUCACUCAUGGAUUGGGGACUAAGUAUUAUAGUUUUUCUGCUGAAAAAUUCCAUCAAGAUUUCUCUCAGCUUUCAUCUGAAAAAGCUCUUAUAUUUUUUCUAAUAAAUAUGCAUAUUCUAUAUAUAUUAAUCUUAUUAUUGAUAAUCAAGCUUAAUAGAGUAGUCGAUUAAAGCCAUUGAACGACCUUGGGCAAGAAUAUCAAAAUAUAUAUUUGCCUGCUUUACCCUGCCAUGAUUUAGUUCUGAUUUCUGAAGAAGAGCAAUCGCCAUUUGGUCCUUGGACAAAAGAUGAGGACGGAAUUCAGCUAUUUCUUUCAGGAAAAAGAUCCGCAAUUUUUAAUCAUGAAAAUCAACUCAUCAGAUUAAAAGGCUGUGGAAAUCUUAAUUAUGGAUUUAACGUAGAACCUAUGCCAUAUCCACCAGAGGGUAAAGAAAUAAGAGGUUGCUGCUUUGAAAACACAGGUCCCAGAGAACAAUUCAUGACUUGACACAUAAAUGAAGUAUUAUCAAACUAUGGAUUUAAAACUGGGAAUUUACCAUAUGGGCUUUGAGAAUAUCAGAAUGACAAUUUAAGCCAAAUUAAAAAAUUUUGUGGAAUCUUCCAAACUUUCGGGGAUCGAAGAUUAGCUACUCACUUAUUGGGAGGUGCUGAUAAAUUAUUAAAUGAGAUCGAAAUAUAUUGUGAUCAUGAAAAGUUAAGCUUUAUAUUUCCAAAUUCUCGUAAAAUUGGAAAUAAAAUUGAAAGCACUCAAAAACAAAUAAAAAACACUGGACCUUUAUUUCAUGAAGAUUUGCACAUAUGGACUUCUCAAGGGGUUUAUAAAGAUAAUUCUGCAUUAUUAAAUAUCCUAGUCAAAGACCCUGAUUUUGAAAUUUUUGAAAACUUUGAUCUUGAUUUAGGGAAUGGAAGAAUAGUUAACGCAAAAUGCAUAGCUAGAGAUCUUGCAAAAAUUUUCUGGAAAAUUGGAAGAGAAGCAGGGCAGAUUAAAAGAAUAUUGGAAGAUCAUGAUAUAUCAUGAGGUUACUUUAUAGACCACAAUCCUUUUGAGCCUCAUUGCAAUUCCCAUCCUAAUAACUUCAUUAUAUUGCCAUCUGGAUCUGAGCAUAUUUUGGCUCCAGUUGAUUUUGAUAUGGCUUUUAGAAGUCAAGAGUUUUUAAAUAUCGUAGAUGAAAAUUCUCUCGGACGAAAUGAUAGCUCAUUAUUUCAAAACUGACUUAAUUGUGAAAGAGUCAACCUCGAAUUAGCACUUUCUGGACAAGAAAAUAUGGCUAACUUUAGUUAUUCUGAAGAAGCUAGUGAAUCUAUAUUGCAUAGUGCUUAUAGAGAUUUAUUAGUCUUAGGAUAUCGUUCUGGGUUUGACAAGCUCGAGGAUGCAUACAAUGAAAGCAGAGCCCAUUUGGAGUCAGCUAUUUUUACAUGCUUGGCUUUCACACAAGAAGUUGAUAAGUAUUAA